UACACAAAACAGAAGCAACGAAUAGUACAACUUCUAAAAUAAGCAUCUUUUUCAUCGGUUUCAGCUACUUCUCCUGAAACUCUGUCUCUCCUUCCCUCCCUCUCUCUCUCUCUCUCUCUCUCAAACUAAGCGAAGAUGAUGCACAUGACCUUCUACUGGGGGCGCACCGUCACCCUCCUAUUCGACUCAUGGCGGACCGAUUCUUGGCUCAGUUACGGUUUGACCCUUUUCGCCUGCUUUGUCGUCUCCGCUUUUUACCAGUACUUGGAGGAUAUACGGGUGCGCGUCACCCAGAUCGGGGCCAAGAAGCGCGCUGAUGUUGAGGUGCCGCUGCUCCAGAAGAAGGUCGCCGGAAAGUUAUCGGCGGGGAGGAUUGCCGGGACGGUGCUGUUUGGGGUGAACUCCGGGUUGGGGUAUCUUUUGAUGCUGGCGGUCAUGUCGUUUAAUGGAGGUGUGUUCUUGGCCAUCGUGGUGGGGCUUACGGUUGGAUACUUGGUUUUUAGGAGUGGCAGUGAGGAUGUUGCUGUAGAUGUUGAUAAUCCUUGUGCUUGUGCUUAGUUAAUAAAGAUCGAUUCGAUUUGUAUCUUUUGUAUUAGUGGGUUUGUAUUUGUGAAUUCUGUGUUUUCUUUGAUAUGUACAUCUUUGUAAAACUGUAAUUGCCACAAGGAAAUCAAAAUAUGGAAUCUUUUGUGUAUUA